CAGUAUCGUGAUAUUAAUUUUUAACCUUUAAAAUUACUCAUGUGUUAUAUAUUUAUAAACGAUUACAAAUACUAGAGAUAUGGUAUGAGAACAACGCACGAGUGUCAGCUGUUUAGUUUUAUUUUGUCAUAUUGUGACAAAUUAAUUAAUACUUGUCCAAAACACUCACACAAGUAAUUAAUUUCGUUUAAAUUAAUUCAAACCUCAAGUGUGAUGUCAUUGUGAUAAAAUAUUUUUUAUUGGUCUAUAUUUCCAAUUUAAAAUGUCGUGGUUUUUCGGAAAGAAAAAGAACAAAGAAUCGCCAACAGAGUCAACGGAGGAGAUAUCAUCACCGUCAAGUCAAAAUGACGAUUAUAUAAUAAUUGAAAAGCAGGCAAAUCCAUUUGCACUGGGUCCAGAAGGUGUUAGUAAUAUUCCAUCAGGAUCAGGAGGACUUUACCCGACCUUGGGUGGUGAUCGUGGUGUGAACCUUCCAAUCGUUCCUCCUCUACCUGGAGCAAGAUCAUCGGCUUUAGCUGAUCAAAAUGCACUAGGUGAUACUCAAGCUUAUUUAAGUGUGAUUCCAUUUGAAUUGAAUAAAGAGUUAGAUAGAGACAUUGAGUUAGAUAGGCUUCGUGUUGACGAGAUUGCUAAUUUUAUUACCCGUAUUAUGAGUCAAGAUUAUCAGUAUGAUUUUAGCGUUGAGAAAGGUGUCAUUAAUGAAAUGGACGCUGCAACAGAAUGAGGCAUUAUUAUAAAUAAAUUUUUUUUUUUUAUAUUAUUUACUGGAACUUUAUUAAAAAUACUACGGCUGCCCAAUUU